UUCAUUUCUUAACAAUUAGAGACGCAAUAGUUCGAAGAUUUUCGUGAAGAGCUGUAUAUGUAUCGAUUGUUAGAAUCAUUGUUAGAAUUUAUUUUUCGAAUUUAAAUAUUACAAAAUUUGAAAGUUAUGUAUCACUUCUAUUCUAAUUACGUAUUAUUUCCUUUACCAUCUUGUCAUCAGUUUUCAACUCAUGGGAAUUAAAACACCGUUCCCAGAAAAUAAAAUUCGGAUAGUAGUGAGGGAAAGUAAUGACUUGUAAAUGUUUUUUUGUAUUUGUAAAUGUUUGAUAUACACUUAUAAAUAAUAUUUGAUUGAAAAGAUUUUAUUAAGAGAAAAAAUGUUAACAACGCGUGGUGCUUUAAUAGUAUUGGAAGGAUGUGAUAAAGCAGGAAAAUCCACGCAAACAAAAUUGUUAAUGGAUGCAUUAAAACAAUAUAAUAUUCCUGCCAAACAACGAACUUUUCCUGAUAGAACAACUCCCAUUGGAACAAUAAUAAAUGAUUUUUUGAAUAAAAAAAUUAAUUUUCCUCCUGAAACAGCACAUUUAUUAUUUUCUGCAAAUCGAUGGGAAUGUAAGGAAGAAAUUCUGAAAUCUUUGUAUAGUGGUACUAGUGUUGUUAUAGAUAGAUAUGCUGCUUCAGGUGCUGCUUAUACAGCAGCUACAACUGGUAAAUGUUUAAGCUGGUGUAAAGAACCUGAUAAAGGACUACCUUCUCCAGACAUAGUUAUUCUUCUUAAUGUUUCCAAUGAAGCUCAAUCUUUACGUCAUAACUGGGGUGAUGAACGUUUUGAAAAUACUGAACUUCAAUUACGUGUUGCUUCCAAUUAUAAGAAAUUAAUAGACAAAACAUGGUAUGUAAUUAAUGCUGAUGAUGAUAAAUCAAUGAUACAUUCUCAAAUAUUACAUAAAGUAUUAAAUGUUAUAAAUCACAUUAAAAAUUUGCCUAUUGAAAAAUUAUAUGAAUCUAUAGAAACUGAAAAUUAAUAUUAGUAACUUAAGC